GGGCGGGGUAGCUGAGCGGGGCCCCCUGGUGGGGCAAUGGAAAAGCAGGAGUCUGGGGGGACAGCUGGCAGCCUCACCCAGGAACCCCCUGGAGGGGCAGCCAGGGAAGUGCCAGGAGGCAGCGCAUGGAUGGAGGCGGGCUCCGGGCUGCCCUCCGGAGUUUUCUGGUCCCAAGGUUCCUGCCGCUCCGGAAUAGUAUCUAGAAGCCCGGAUUCCUUCCGUCACUCCGGAGUGGAAGCGGCUCAUGGGUCCAGGCCCAACCAGCAUCCUGGGGAGGUUGUGGGCCACACUGGCACAUACCCUGGCAGAUCUAAUCCCCCCGUUCCUGGAACCUGUGCAUCCGGGACGUCUGACUCGGGAUGCAGUUCGCGUUCCGGUUCAACUUCUUUGCACCCUCACAAACCCUCUGAGGAUCGGCCCCAUAGCAUCCUAAAAACCAGCAACCCCACCUUGAUACAGAAAUCCCCCAGUGCGGAAAAGAAAAAGUCUCAACACUGGGAUGAGAUGAAUAUCAUGACCACGUACCACCCUGCUGACAAGGACUACGGGUUUAUGAAGGUGGAUGAGCCGAGCACUCCCUUCCACAGGCCGAAUGAGCCCUCCUACCCAGUGAGUCCCGAGGCCCUGGCUGAAAGGUUGGCAGCAAUGGACAGUUUCUACCCCAAGGUCCUUCAGCAUCCUGAUAACAGAAGCUCGGGGCCUUCCGACAACUUUUCCAAAACACACACCGCUGGUUUUGAGAAGCACCGCAAGGCACACUACGAUGAAGGAAAGUUCCUCAGCGCUCAGAAAAAGCGGCCGUCGAAGAGCAAGGCGGGUAGUGAAAGUUUGGGCAGUGGCGGUCGAGGUGUGAUGUUGGGCCCAGAGGCCAGGCCUGUGGAGGGAGGCCAGGCAAGAGGACUGGCCGGAGGAGCCCCAAAUGAGAUUGGCCUGGUGACCAGGAACCACAUCCGAGAAACUGAGGAUUCCUUGACCUUCAGAAAUCAGUCCCCAGCUUCGGCCAAAAUCAUGCCGGACAAGGAGGCUGAUGUGCAGCGGAAGGAGUAUUACAGCAAAGGAAGGUACCUGAGGUGCUGGCCUCACCCGGAGCUCAAGGAGGACUCGGAAGAUGAGCAGCCGGACAGUGACAGUUCUUCACGCUUGAGCUGGGCAAGUGAGAAUUCCACAGGAACUGAGGUCCGUUCGCUGGACCACAGAGGAAGCCCCCUUCGGGAUCACAGGCCAUAGAGAACUCCCUGACUGUGACAGGGACACCGUUACAUCCUGAUGAAUCCCUUCGGCUUUGAUGGACUGAGGAGGGAGAAGCCACACCAUAGAAAAUGUAGCCAGCUGGAGAUGGGGAGGGGGCCAGCCCUCCCCUGCCCUCACCACCCCCGGGGUGGAAAAUAAAGAGACGAAGAGCAGCAGUCUGGGUGCUGUGAAUUGGGGGCCCAGGCGGACCUGCUCAGUCACUGAAGAGAGGAGAGGAGGGAGGGUGAUUCGCACACAGGAAACCCCCACGAGCAGCAGAGAAGAGGAGAGAAGAAAGCUCGGAGUAGCAUGGGGAACUGGAGUCCAGGAGGUCUUCGGAGUCUGAGAAGGCCCAGCUGCAGCAGGGUGGCAGUGAUUGGUGUGAUUCGGUCAACAUAAAUUCCCUGGUAUCAUCUUUAAUUCUUACAACAACCCUGGAGGCGGGGGUGGCCAUCCCCAUCUUCC